UGUUUUUGUUAUGUUUACUCUGGCGUAGAUUAAAAUGUUUGUAUGAGCUGAUGGUGGGUUAUUGAAUGUGUAUCGUACCGCUGUUUUAAUCGUGAAUUUGUGCUGUUUUGAAAUUAUUCAGUGGGAAACCAUUGUGCCACGGCAUGGAUGGGAGCGCAGUAGCAAAUUGCAAUCCAGCCAAUCAUCUUGACAGCCAAGAGAAAAUAACCAGGCACAGAUUAAAGUAAUGAUGUAAAUCAUAACAGUACUAAGUUCUCUUAAUGGACUUGCUCUCAAAACCAGUGAUGAAGUCAAUGGAAACGGUGAGGGCGAACCCAACUUCUCAGACGACUGGUCAGCUCCGUACUAUUACUUCAGCUGUUGGUCAUGCCCAGACGAGGGUUCUGACUUCCGGAACCUCUAUAGCACAUUCAGCAAAUUCAUCACUAAUUGGUCAGGCGACACAGGGGACGUUAAAACAAGUGAGUGUACCUCGGACUAACGUGGUGACAACAUGUUCGGCCAAUAAUACUAUCACACUCACGCAAAGUGCAUCCUCCAUGAUGAGUCCUCGUCCCCAUGUGACAGUGGCGUCUGCUGUGGCUGUAAAUGCUACAACAGCGUCAUAUCAUGUCCCCCGAGGAGCUGCAGCUGUGGCUAACAUUGCAGCACCUCGUUCUGCAGUGGCUACCCCAAUAGUAAGAGCUACUACACUGCAGACAGCUGGUUCAACCCAUUCAACAAGUUUUGUUUCAGGAAUCAGAGCAAUGAACCCUGGCUCAUUAGUUACAAGAGCUGGUAGUCCUGCAGCUUCAGUGGUGACUGGUACAAUGUGGCUUGGUGGCACUACUGUUCAGACAACUACCAUAACAACGCCGAAAUCAGUGUCACCUCGACCACUGCUAACAACCACGAGGGCAUCUUCAAUUACAACUAUACCUACAUACACACAAGGUCGUCAGACAUCUGUUACAGUUACUACCAGACCUGUUGCACCUCCAAGUAAUAGGACACAGGCAGAAUCACCACGUCCGCAGAUCUUGCAGACAGCGGGUCAGAAACCAUUAACUGUAUCUCAGGCAGGAACCCAGCUUCAUAUUGCUGAUGGGAGCUAUUUCAAGGCUGCUGCUGUCACAGUUCCAUCUUCUGUACCAUCUUCAGUGCCAGGAACAACAAGUACAACACAAGUGCUAACUACACGGACACAAACACAGGCUGCUUAUAGCAAUAGUACUGUCGUGGCAUCUGCGGUGCAGUUUUCCACAUCUGCAGCUUCUCACGGAACAACAGUGUGUGGAACAACUGUUAGGGUACCAAAUCAGGUUCCACAUUCCUCACAGAGGGUAACAUCCACUGUGCUUUCUCCUCCUUCACAGAGGACAAGUGGCCCUGUGACACCUAGUCAGGUUUCCAGUGGACAGCAGGCAACUUCACGUGUAAAUAGUGUUGCAACACGACCGGUAACUCUACCACAACAAACUGUUUCACAGCCUGUGGUUGCCUCGUCACACCCCGGUACUGUAGGUAGUCGAUCGUCAGCAGGAGUAGGUGUUACCAGUCAGCAAAUCGUCAGCACUCAGAUCCAGCCACAGCAACAGUCGCAACAGUCAUCACAACAGCUGCAGUCUCAGCACUCGCAGCUGCAGCAGCCGCAGCAGACACAACAAUCACAGCAGCAGGCCUCGCAACAGUCACAACAGGUGGGACGUACAUCAGUAGCAUCAGGCUCUGUCGGCACCCACACGAGACUUGCGGUUGCUCCGGCUCCAUCGCCAUCACGCACAGUAACUGCCCAGCCUUCACAGAGCAGGGCUGUAGCACCAGCUGCUGCAGUCAUAGCAGCGUCUAGUGUGGCACGACUUGGGCAGGCAGUUGCACCAUCUAGUGUUGUUUCGCUACAUCCGGUGGUUGUCUCCGGUACAACGGGUGCUACAGGAACAGUACCACUAAAACCUGUUACACAUGCACAGAUCGCUGCAACAACGGGAAGAACGGGGACACCACAUCAGAGUGUCAGUCAUAAGGUCAUCACACAGCCAGUUCAUGGACAGUCAAUUCAAAUAACGCAGGUGCCUGUCAGUUCUGUUUCCGGGAAACUCCCUCAGACCCUGCACACUGUUACACCAUUACAACAGGCAGCUUUGACCAUUACAACAGGAACACCAAGAACAGUUACAUAUGCAACAACAACCACUCUGGCUGGAAGUGCUGUAUCAACUCUGCGGCCUGUUACGGUUUCGACAACCCCUGCAAUACCUGUGGCGAAGGUCCUGCCACAGGCUGUUAGUGUUGGCCGUGCAGCAAAUAUUGAACUGGCUUCUACGCCUGUAUCAGAAGUUGCUCUUCAUCCAAUGCCAGCACCAACAGCUCAACAACCAACUGUUGUGGCUGCACAGCAAACUAUAUCACAGGCAACCAGUGUCUAUAUUCAGACGUCUCACAGAGCUUCUCCAGCUCCAAGUUCGACACAAGUGACUGUGGAAAGGGCAGCUACUUCACUGCCAACAUACAGCAUACCAACUGCUACAUAUUAUUACGAGCCAUCUACUAUUGGUUACCAAGUAGCUGGUGUAAGUGGGUCACUGGUUGCUCGCACAUACAAUGCUGGGACACCAUAUUCCGUGCAGGCGAACACAACACCAACAGUACGACCUGGGGUCACUACACAAGUUCACGGCAUUGUAACAAGUGGUCAGCCUGUGAGAUUCAACCCAGUGGUGGUGGUCGAUCCAUCGAGGUCAUCAGUGCCUGUACAUUCCUCUUUUGUGACUGAAGGUACACUUGUCCCAGCUGAAAAUUCUGUAGUGGUUGGCCAAACUAGCCAGGUUCAGCCAGUAACAAAGCAAAAUGCAUCACCAAGACCAAGCAUUUUACGCAAGAGGGAUAAUGAAGGGUCACCAUUGAAAGCACAAAAAAAUCUGGCCCCAGUUCUGGCAGCAUUAAGUACACCUCCAUCACCUCCAUCUCCGAGGAGACCAGAUUCUAGAGGAAAUGGAGGGAUCUCUUCGGGGGGCUCAACAACCAUCUCUGCUACCUCUUCACCAGGACUCGGAGAAGGUGGUGAUGAUUCACUGCCUCCCAUAAAGCAAGAGCCUCAUGAAGAUGGAGAUAAACCACCUGUUGAGAUGAGUCCACGGAAGAAGCCUCGGAAGCAACAGCUAACUAGAAAUGAGCUGCAUGAACCAAAAUUUAGUGAAGAUGAAAUGGAAUUUAUUUCUGAGGAAAAAGUUAAGAAAGAAGUUAAAGAAGUGGCAGAAGAAACAGAGGAGAGAAUAUAUAUUCCAAAACGUCCUCCAAUUUCUCUUAUCAGCAGUUACAGGCAAACUUGGAAAUCACGACAUAAUCAUUUUCUACGGUAUAGUGAUGUGAAGCCGAAGGAUGAAAGGAGACCUACUGUCAGUGAUUUGGCCAAUCAGAAACAUGUCCUGCAGAAACUGAAUGGUUGGAAGGUUUAUCACCUCAGUACACAAAUGGAGGACAUGUCUGAGUUGGAAACUCAGGUUUUUGAGAGGCUAACCAAUAUGCUGAAAUACAUGGAGAGGAGAACGGGGAAGGAUACUGAGAAGGAUGUAAAUCGUGUUGUGGAACUCAUCAAGGGCAACAUACAACGAAGCAAAGUGAUAAGUGACCAAAUGCAAGAAGCCAAACUGCAAGUGAUGAAGGUGUUUGACCACAAGUCUCACGUGGCGGAAAUAAUUACGAGGUGUGCUAACAAGCGUUCUCUCAAGAAACGUGAUAAGUCAUAAGUUGUGUACCACAUCUCAAUGCAUUUUAACAUGUAGCAAGUGCAGUGUAAUAACAAAUGGAUUGGUCUGAGAUGACAACAGCUGUAGGGAACAGUUAGUUACAUUUUUUACUAUGUGCAAUGCACACUAUGCUUGUGUUGUGGUGGAAAGAUCAUAGUCUGUUCAAUUUUUGAUGAACUUUAAGUAAGAUUUUGCUAUCGGGCUAUGAUACAGGCAAUCACAGUGACUUUUAAGGCUGCAAAAAGUGGCAGUAUCAGAGUUGUAAAUAAAAACAUUCCUUUAUGCCAUAAAUGUAAAGAUUUUAUGUUAAAUCAUGUUUAGUACAAUUGAAUGAAGUUUUAAUUGUAAUGUUUAAAACAUGUAAGAGUUUAUUGUGCAGGAUGUUCUAACUUGCUGCACCUGUCAGUCAUUACUAGUGAGUAUACAUAUUUUAAAAUGUGUUAUGUAAAGUUUUAAGCAAACAUGAUAGCUUUAUCAAAAUUCUGAAAGAUAAUUGCUUAUAUACAGAAAAAGCCAUAUUUUAAAAAGUAAUUUACAGUUUAUUAGAUAAUUUUGAUAGUGUUUCACUAUCUCACCACUUUAUAGCAUGACACAGAACAAAAAACGUUUUUUGUAGAGUAUAAUCUAAUUUAAAUGAUAUUUCAUGUGAAAUGUUAAACAAAUUUUAUUUAAUAACACACUCGUGAAAUAUUUAUUUGGAAAUCUCUGUAAAAAUUAGUGAUCUAUUUUUAAUGUGCCCAAUCAUCUAGUCAUUGUACUUUGUCUCUUAUUACUUGCAGUCAUCUGUGUAAAUGUGCGUAUUUGUUGUUUUUUGAUUGUGGCCAUGGAAACAUAAUUCUAAAGAUAUGUUUCUCAGCUGUUACUCCCAGUGAUGUCUUUGUUUAAUGAUGUUGUUGUAAUAAGUUUGUACAUGUAUUUUCCCUUGUAAGAGGGAGCAUUGUCAUCUUGGCAGGGGACUCAGAAGCACUAUAAAAUCUGAAACAUAAAUUAUUAAUAUGCCAAGUUGGUUGUUUAACAAACACAGUUACAAUAUUUGUUAUUGUUUGAAAGCAGUUGAUCAAUUAAUUAAUGAAUAUUUCAUUACACUCGGCAUAACACUUAAUUGUUUUCAGUGAACUGCUCAUAACCUCCAUCCAUCUGUGAUCCAUGCUCCACAAGGCUGGAGUAGUAGUGAACAAUCAUAUUAUGGAAAGACAAAAAACAGUGAUAAUUUUCUGUUACAUAUGCUGGUGCCCUUCACUGUACACUAGUUUUCUCCUAUUUAUUAUAAUACCAAAUUCAUUACCAUAACAAAAGAACUGUUUGUAUGUCAUCAACUAUGCAGUGUCUGCUCAUAUUCUCUUCAUUAUCAGGAGAUAUUUGUAGUUCUAUUUUUCCUUUGUAUUUAGUUGCAGAAAACACUCAGUCUGUGUUUAUUAAGAAUCUUUUUCUUAAGCCUGUGUGUGUUAAUGUCUGAUAGCUGUAUCAUUCAUUGUUGAGAGUAAAUAAUACUGAGGAAAUAUAA